CAUUGGCAGGUGAUGUUCUGCACGCUCAACACGCACAAGGUGGACAUGGAGAAGCUCCUGGGGGGCCAGAUCGGCCUCGAGGACUUCAUCUUCGCGCACACGCGGGGCCAGCGCAAGCGCGUCGAGGUCUUCAAGUCGGAGGAGGCGCUGGGGCUCACCAUCACCGACAACGGCGCCGGCUACGCCUUCAUCAAGCGCAUCCGCGAGGGCAGCGUCAUCGCCCGCAUCCCCGUGAUCGGGGUCGGGGACGUGAUCGAGGCCAUCGAUGGACGCAGCCUCGUGGGCGCCCGGCACUUCGAGGUGGCCAAAGUGCUCAAGGAGCUGCCCCGCGGGCGGACCUUCGCCCUGCACCUCACUGAGCCCCGCAGGGCCUUCGACAUGAUUGCCCCAAGGGCGGGGGGGGGCCGAGGGGGGGGCACUCCCAUGGGCUCCGGUCGGGGCACCCUGCGCCUGCGCGCCCAUGGCCCCCCCACCCUCGAGGAGCAGCCCUCAGCCUUCGAGGAGCGUGCAGUGGCCAAGGUGGACGAUUUGCUGGAGAGUUACAUGGGCAUCCGGGACAGCGAGCUGGCCGCCACCAUGGUGGAGCUGGGCCGGGAUGCUCCGGACCCGGAUGCGCUGGCGCAGGCCCUGGAUUCCCAGCUCGGGGACUUCGCCUUCCCGGAUGAGUUCGUCUUUGACGUUUGGGGGGCCAUCGGCGAUGCCAAAGUGGGGCGCGGAUGAGGGGGACCCC